AUGUUGGGGCGUUUGAAUGUGGCCAAACAGCUUGCACGUCAGAAUUCACUGACUGGCGAUGGUGAACGCAACCUCGACUGUCUUGUUAAAAUGCUCAAAUCGGGGGACGCGGAAAGUGCGACAGAUAUUCGGACGGAUGGCCAGAUUGGGCAAGAAGCGCUCUUCUGCGCUGUCCUCCAGAGGUAAGUGCUGCCUCCUUUGAUCGUUGUAGCACUACUAAAUGCACGUUAGUAUGGAAUUGGAUUUUGGUUAAGAUAAUUUUUUGUGUUGAAUUGUUCCCAGGCUCCCGUCUCUCAGUUCUAGCACUAUAGUAAAAUCAAGGCUGGAUGGAAAAUGGUGCAGUAGACACUUGUAAUGUUUAAUUUGGUGACCUAGAAUGAAAUAAUGGCAAGUGUCCCAGACACUACGGACGCUCUCGUACACAAACAGUGUUUCUGCCUACUCGAUUAGUCACAUGAUCCCGGUCAUAUACACCAGGUUGCCUGUUGCGACUGCGUUGAUUCCACAGAGUCGUUAGGACGACAUGCAUUUAUGCCAAUGUCCAAAUAUUGACAGUCACAUUUCCCGUUAGUUGUAGCCUUGGAUAUUACUUCUUACCAAUUGAGAUUUAGAUAGGCAAAUAUGAGACGACUGGAUUAGCAUAAUGACACGUCGUCUACAUUACCAGUCAUCAGGCCCUUCCUUCCCCUCUUUCCUGCAGGCUGCCCACAGUCGGACACGUCGGGGCCGGGGCUCAGUGGCUGGUUGUCGGUGCAGGAAGAGUCGCCCGAUCACUCAGUAUGUCAGUCCUCUGGACGCAUGAUGAUGAUGAUGACAUUGACCAGUUAGGGCAUUUUACAUUCCAUUGGUCGCUUAAUGCUCCCAAUAAACAUCUUCCCUCUUGCAUCGCCCAGGGUGUCCCACGCCUACUGCUGGAGAUGGUCGAGGCCCUGCGCAGACGUGGCCUAUGCAUGGAAGGCAUCUACCGAGUGCCAGGCCGAGCCUCAAAGAUUCAGGCAAUCAUGCAGUUGGCCAAUUCCGUAAGUCACCUACCUCAUUAAUCCUAUGCAUGCAGUGAAACUUCAUGAAUAUUAAGCUGACUUACCCUUACAUAGGUGUGUGUGUGCUAAUAUGCAGAAUCGCACUUCUUUGCAAUUUUAGAAUGUGAGCGAGUUGUGUGACCGGCUGGUGUGGGACGAGGACGCUUUUGAUGGUCGGGCAAUUUCGUCAGCCAUCAAGCUCUACUUGGCCACUAUGCCUGUUAGUCUUUUGAAUCCCCAUAUGUUUGCCUCGUUUGUGGCGUCGACGGCGAUGGGGAGAGCAUCGAAGAGAGGUGGCCGUUCUCUGCGGACACCAGUGGGCCUGGCUAGCGCACUAUGCCAAUUGCGAACAGCCCUCGUGAAGACCUUUGGCUGUCCCGGCAAUUCGAAAUCUGAGGACCGCGAGAGGGGGUGGCGCCUCGCAACGCUGGACUAUGUCAUGCGCCAUUUUAGGGAGGUUGUGGCCCUUCAGGCCACUAACCGCAUGUCCCCUCGCGCGCUGGCAUUGUGCCUCGCGCCCUCCCUCUUCGGGUCCACGGAGAAUGCGGAGACCAACAGUCAGGUAUGCAUUACACAACAGCUGCUCCCUUUCAUGUCUUUACAUGCAAUCCCCUCUUCCUUUAGUGGCCAUUACCUCGUGCUUAUGCUAUUUCAUGUCUGCCACCACCACCAUCAAUAGGUGCUGGAGCUGCUACUUGAGCACUGGCCCUGGCUGUCAGAGUGUCUGCACCGGGGCAACCAGCUGGUGUCCGCAGACCGUCUAGGCGAACCGGUAGCCGACGCCUGUCUCUAUGCUUGCCGGUAAGUCUCAUAAUGCUCACAUCCCUCCUUGCCAUUAUUUCGACUUCAUAUAUCCUGACAUUAACGCUUAGUAGUAGACUUGCGUAGUUUCUUACUGUGCACUCAUUUGCAGAUCAAUUUAUGCAAUCAUUUUAGCCAUGCUAUAGUUCUUGAGGUUUUUGUCGCUGUCGACCUAGCACAGCUAUUUUUCAUUCCAGUCCAAAGCAUAGGCUACACCAAUUAAACUAGAGUGCUGUUCAAUCUAAGGGGUACUCAACCAUGGCUCACUGAACACUCUCUCUCCCUUCUAGAUACCAGCGUCAUUGCUUCCUGCAGUCCCUGUGCCUACCGCCGACCCUCCCACCGUCGCCGCCGCCGCCGCCGCCGCCGUCUUCAGUCGACGGAGUUCGUACUGCCGCGUGUACAUAGCUUUCGUUGGAAUUAUCCUUCCCUCCGCUCUUCCCACCCGCAAUUAUUUGCACUAUUAUAAGCAUGCUUCUCCCUCGUCCCCAUUUUUGAACUUUUGGAGAGUAUUAUUCCUUGUUCUGAUGUUUAUUCCGCUUCACACAAAAGACGCUGUUUCGCUGACGUGCACAUUCCCUCUUUUUCGCCUGCGCUAACCCGCAGUGUUAUAUUACAUUUGUUCCGCCCCCUCACCACAGCCGUAAUUCACUUCCUUCUUAUUGGAAUGAUUAUCCUUGGUCCCGACUUUUGCCAUUUUCCUUGUUCUCAUGUCCAUUCCAUUUUACUUAAUAAACCCUGUUCUUCUAACCUGCACUCUCUCUCUUGACCUCUCAUCUGGAUUAUUUGGGCAAGGUCUGAUGUUGGUGCUGUGUCUGGUCAUAGUCUGAAGGCAGGAAGUUGAUAUCAACAGGUGCAUUUACAUAGGGGGAAUUUUGCUUAGUGAGGCUUACGUGACACAGGUAGAGACGAGUGUGCGAGUCGAUGGUUAGUGCUGUCACGACGACUGACUACAGUAGCUUCUCAAAUAAAUAACUGCUUCCAGUAGUUCGAUUCUGGCAAGGAUGACUCCAGUGGUUUACAUUCACCGCAGUCUGUUAUUAUUACUAUCAUCAUUGCAGCGUCGAUUUGCCUAUAAAUCUCAAAUUUGGAAAUCCUCUGUUGAUUGGAAGCGACUACUUCAGGUGAUGUGAUUGAAGAUCACGGCCUCCAGUAGUUCAGCCACGUAUUCCACUGUGAGCAACAGGAAUAACCACAUGCGGAGAAGGGAAAUAUUAUAGAAGUGUAUUCAAAGAUAUCCUGACGGGGAUGAUGGAUGUGGUUCUUGUACAUGCACUCGAUACGACUGCCAUCAUGCCUGAUCUAGCUGGCCUCGAUGAUGCCCCGAACUGUACUUCUCCAAGCGUGAUGAUCCGAGGUAGCAGGACUGGACAGUUCAACCAGUUCUCUUCGCCAAAGACGGAGACCGAAUAAAUAAGGUCCAAGUACCACCUCCAUGUCUUGACGGAGUGUGUCGAGCUAGAUUUUUGAGCUGACCCCCUCUUUGACGCCUACAAUGUGGCAACGGUGCCAGGCUUUACGCCAUAAGAGUGGCUGAUUUUGACAAUAGGUGAGUAUUUUUUUGUCCAAACCUGUUUGGUUAGUUGAAGAUAACGUUUUUAGACAGGCAUGAGCACAUCAACUGGAGAAAAAAUGGAACACUGCAAAAAGAAGUGAGGUGCCUAAAGCGAAGGCCAUUUGUCUUGUCUGAUGCAAAAGCAAUGAAUAAUUUUGCAACUGAAUUUCAUGCAAAGACAACUCGUUCUAAUUCUUGACUCAAUGAAAUAUUGCUAAUGAUUUGGAUAUAGAUUAAGGACUGGAUUACUUCUGAAAGUCUGUGAAGGAAGGAACACUUCCCUCAUUUCCAUGAACAUUCUCAUGCAGAAUUUGAAUAGUGCCUCAAAUAGUCGUUAAAUUUCCUUCAGGAUGGAGUCCUUAAAGUUCCUUGUUCGGGAAGCGGUUGCACCGCAUAUGCUUCAGCAAUAUGCGGCAGGAAUAGUUCCCAAGCUUUUUUUAGCUAAGGCCGUCUAAUCCAAAUCACUGACAAUGGUAAUUUCGUCUACGUGGACUCAUAUUGCACAACGAAACAGCGGUCCACCGUCGUGGAGCUUCCGUUUCAGUCUGCUUCAAUGGGCCUUAAUCACACUAGUGUGUUUUCAUGUGGUCGAAUCCUUAAAGUACUUGGUAUGGUAGAUUGUAAAGUUCUUUAUGCCGAUGAUUGUGGCAUCCACGUAGGCAUUUUGCCACAUUAGGCAACAGUCCCCUUUUCGACAGUAUUCUACAGUAUUUGGCAGUAUUAAAAAAUGACUACUUAAGUAGCAUGCAUUUUUCUCCUUGGUUUUUGAUGUUAUUUCAAAUUCAAAUACAUCUUACAGAAACCAUAAAAAAUGGGCUUUCUCUCAGUUGUUUGACAAAAAAUAACGUCAACAACAUAUUUUAUAAAUGAUGAAGGAAUAUAAUUAUGUUUCUAAAAGGUUUUCUAAUUACCGAAUAAUUUGGAGCAUGGUCACUCGUUGCACUAGCGCUUGGUGAUUUCAGUCUGCAAGGUGCAUGCGUUCCGCGUAAAGAAAUUCACAUAUUCUUCCAUGCUUUUAAAAUGAUACCAUAUAGGGUCCAUAAGAUUUUGCAAUGGAUGCGGACUAUCUCGUACGUUUCAUGAGAAGUAGUGGUAAACGGACAGAUACGAUGCUAUGUCAAUGGACAUUGCGCGGUCUUGAAAAAUCUCACAAUUAGAAACUAUUUUAAAACCUAAUUAUACUCCUUCCUCAUUUAUAAAAUAUAUGGAUGACGUUAGUUUCUAUCAAACGACUGAAGGAAAGUAUAUUUUGCUUAUGGUUUCUGUAAGAUGUAUUUGAAUUUGCCAGAACAUCAAAAAACCAAGGAGGAAACUGCAUGCUAGUUUAGUACUCAUGUGCUAAAGAGUACGGUUUUGUGCAGGAGUUUGAAAAACAGUGUAUUCAAAAGCCGACAUCCUGCCGAGUCCGAAAUAUUAUAGGAUUAUGCCGCAAGAUAAUCAAUAUUAGAACCGCGCCUAAGUAAUCCUUCUUAAUCGAAAUCGCAUUUCAGAAGUUCAGCCAACAUUUCAUGAGAUCGGUCACGCCCUGCACGUGUUGUGCAACACUGCUUCUUCGCCCUCCGACGUUGACAAUCAUGUGUCAGGCAAACAGAGAAACUAGAAUACCAUCUGAGCGGGAUUGCUGCAUUAAGAAGGAAGGGUUACAGCCUGUCUCUUCGUCUGGAUCAGAGGACCGACUUAUCCCAUCACUAGCCAUUUUUCCAAGCCACGAUAUUUAGCUUGAUUCAAAGGUUUCAAUGCGUGUAGCCUUCUUUAAAGUCUGGAAUAUGCAGUGAGUGUUGUGCUGUCGGGAUCUGCACAUUGGAAGUCACUCUCCGUUCAUUCUUUCAGAAAUCAGACAACACUCCGGACCGAUCAGUCAUUUGAUGUCGAUAUGGGACAGGGAUGCUGGACAGUGCUGAAACAGUCCGUCUUCGUGUGCCACACACGACCCAUACCAACACCAUAUCACACCAAGUUUUCACACAAAGGAACUGGGCUACUGGGACUUCACAGACACGGGAUUCGGCAUUGAGGAAUUUCUGUUUGAACAUGUACGAGCCAUUAUAUGGAUGCCUGAAGCUCAGAGGGCUGUCACAUCAGCUCAGUUCAACAUGACUUCUCUGAAGGGUGCUCCUGUCUCACAAACCUGCUUACGUCGCUCGGACAUUGGUCAAAGGAGAUGGCCAAAGGAUAUCCAGUGAAUGUCAUAUACUUUGAUUUCAGCAAGGUGCUUGGAUGCUUUCAAAGUUUUUAGGCGUAGGAACAAGAAGAAAUUUCCUCAGUUGGAUUCCACGGUUCUCAAACGGUCGUAGAUAAAAGUAAAUCUUCGUGUCUUCUGUUGAGAAUGGGCGCCUCCUAAAAGUGGAGUGCCACAUGGGUCAGUUCUUGGGCCGCUCCUUUUCUUCAUCUGCCUAAAUCAUCUAGGACGGGAAGGAAAAUCGGACAUAGCGUUCCUUGCAGGUGAUUUUAAAAUGCAGAUGAUGAUAAAAGAUGAAAAAUACGCAAAGAUGCUAUGUGGAUGUGCCUCACUCAGAGUUUGAUAUUUAAACUAGGGAUUAAGGUGUGCAGACAAUCUACAUCCAAACUACGGAUAAUCACAUUGGACUGCACUCUUUCCUAUUGUCCGAAAUUAUUCUCUGUGUGGAUGUCUCUCUCUCUCAUUUGGUUCCAAGUUCAAGAGUUCGGCAUUCUGAAACGCUUUCUCAAAUGUGUGCGUUUCUCUGUUCCCUUUUCCUUCGAAUUCAAUCUGACAACUAGUCGUACUACUGGAUUUAUACUGAUGACAUGCGUUCAUCAGAUGUUAUGUCUGCUGAUGGCGUUGUAUUCGCUCACCCUGCCUUUAGACCUAUACUCAGUCGUCGGCAGAGAGCAAAUGUCUUCCAGUUCAUGGGAUGCUACGUUGAGACUCCAUUUAUCCUUCCUCCAGCAAAGUAAAUCCUAUCAACCCAACUGGCAUUGCCCGUCGAAUUUCACUGUUUACCACUCUAUACUAAUCAAUUCAUUACCCUGCGGCCGGGCACAGGAUAAUUUGCGGCAAUAAUCUUCGCAAACUACACACACAUGAUAGAUCAUUUCCAUCGUUCACUAAUACUUCAGUCAACUGAGUUGUCUUUUGAAUAAAUAAGGAGGAUGUUAUGCUUCACAUCUUUGCAUUGAAACUUAAUGUAUACGACAGCACAGGAAGAGAGUAUUUUGGGGCGGUGAAUAUGUUUGCUGUUCUAGUAAUCGGAGAAACUGCUCACCGCAAUUACUAUAAACUGGUUAAGAUGCCUAAUAAUUAUUACAUUGAGAGGGUUACUAAAGUAGUGUCCAUUGGUCGCAUUUGCAGUGAAGAUGUUGGGUCAAUUCGAACCUAUCUUUGGAAGUUGCAUACCUACGGCUUCGCAGCCCAACAUAAAAUUACACAGAAAAAUGGGUCCCAAAUAUCAUGAUUAAAAUCUCGCCCUCCUAGGCUUUUUCAAGUCACUUUGCUUCGCCUGUGAAGGUAUCAGGCAAUUUAAAUGUCCUGAAUCGAUUUUGUGCCAGACUACAUGUCGAUCGAUGUUGGGGCGUUUGAAAGUGGCCAAACAGCUUGCACGUCAGAAUUCACUGACUGGCGAUGGCAUACGCAACCUCGACUGCCUUGUUGAAAUGCUCAAAUCGGGGGACGCGGAAAGUGCGACAGAUAUUCGGAUGGAUGGCCAGAUUGGGCAAGAAGCGCUCGUCUGCGCUCUCCUCCAGUGGUAAGUGCUGCCUCCUUCCCUCGUUGUAGCACUACUAAAUGCACGUUAGUCUGGAAUAGGAUUUUGGUUAAGAUAAUGCCUUGUGUUGGAUUGUUCCCAGGCUCCCGUCUCUCAUUCCUAGCACUAUAGUAGAAUCGAGGCUAGAUAGAAAUGGUCCAGUAGUGUCUGCUUGCUUGUCUAACUUAAAAUCAUACCACGUGUCCCAGACAAUGUCGACGCUGUCGUACUCCAGCAACAUUUCUGCCUACUCGAUUAGCCACAUGAUCCCGGCUAUAUUCACCAGGAUGACUGUUGCGACAGCGUUGAUUCCACAGAGUCGUUAGGACGACAUGCAUUUAUGCCAGUGUGCAAAUAUUGUCAGUCACUUUUCACGUUAGUUGUAGCCUUGGAUAUUACUUCUUACCAAUUGAGAUUUAGAUAGGCAAAUGUGAGGCGACCGGAUUUGCGUAAUGACACGCCGUCUAUAUUACCAGUCAUCAGGCCCUCCCUUCCCCUCCUUCCUGCAGGCUGCCCACAGUCGGACACGUCGGGACCGCGGUUCGGUGGCUGGUUGUCGGUGCAGGCAGAGUGACCCGAUCACUCAGUAAGUCAGUCCUCUGGACGCAUGAUGAUGAUGAUGACAUUGACCAGUUAGGGCAUUUUACAUUCCAUUGGUCGCUUAAUGCUCCCAAUAAACAUCUCCCCUCUUUCAUCGUCCAGGGCGUCCCACGGCUGCUGGUGGAGAUGGUUGAGGCCCUGCGCAGACGUGGCCUACACAUGGAGGGCAUCUACCGAGUGCCAGGCCGAGCCUCAAAGAUUCAGGCAAUCAUGCAGUUGGCCAAUUCCGUAAGUCUCCUAACUCAGUAAUCCUAUGCAUGCAGUGAAACUUCAUGAAUAUUAAGCUGACUUACCCUUACAUAGGUGUGUGCUAAUAUGCAGAUUCGCACUUCUUUGCAAUUUUAGAAUGUGAGCGAGUUGUGUGACCGGCUGGUGUGGGACGAGGACGCUUUUGAUGGUCGGGCAAUUUCGUCAGCCAUCAAGCUCUACUUGGCCACUAUGCCUGUCAGUCUUUUGAAUCCCCAUAUGUUCGCCCCAUUUGUGGCGUCGAGGGCGAUGGGGAGAGCAUCGGAGAGAGGUGGCCGUUCUCUGCGGACACCAGCGGGCUUGGCUAGCGCACUAUGCCAAUUGCGAACAGCCCUCGUGAAGACCUUUGGCUGCCCCGGCAAUUCGAAAUCUGAGGACCGCGAGAGGGGGUGGCGCCUCGCAACGCUGGACUAUGUCAUGCGCCAUUUCAGGGAGGUUGUGGCCCUUCAGGCCACUAACCGCAUGUCGCCUCGCGCGCUGGCAUUGUGCCUCGCGCCCUCCCUCUUCGGGUCCACGGAGAAUGCGGAGACCAACAGUCAGGUAUGCAUUACAAAACAGCUGCUCCCUUUCAUGUCUUUCCAUGUAAUCGCCGCAUUCUUUAGCGGUCAUUACCUGCUGCUUAUGCUAUUUCCUGUCUGCCACCACCACCAUCAAUAGGUGCUGGAGCUGCUAAUUGAGCACUGGCCCUGGCUGUCAGAGUGUCUGCACCGGGGCAGCCAGCUGGUGUCCGCAGACCGUCUAGGCGAACCGGUAUCCGACGCCUGUCUCUAUGCUUGUCGGUAAGUCUCAUAAUGCCCACAUCCCUCCUUGCCAUUAUUUCGACUUCAUAUAUCCUGACAUUCACGCUUAGUAGUAGACUUGCUUAGUUUCUUACUGUGCACUCAUUUGCAUAUAAAUUCAUGCGAACAUUUUAGCCAUGCUAUAGUUCUUGAGGAUUUUGUCGCUGGCGACCUAGUUGUCACACUGAGGACUGCAGUACGGCCUCCAUGACAGAACAGCUAUUUUUCAUUCCAGUCCAAAGCAUAGGCUACACCAAUUAAACUAGAGUGCUGUUCAAUCUAAGGGGUACUCAACCAUGGCUCACUGAACACACUCUCUCCCUUCUAGAUACCAGCGUCAUUGCUUCCUGCAGUCCCUCUGCCUACCAGCGACCCUCCCACCGUCGCCGCCGCCGCCGCCGUCUUCAGUCGACGGAGUUCGUACUGCCUCGUGUACAUAGCUUCGUUCGAAUUAUCCACCCAUCAGUAUUUGCCCCAUUAUAAGUGUGAUUCUACAUCCUCCCCAUUUUUGAAAUUUGGAGAGAAUUAUUCCUUGUUCUCAUGUUUAUUCCGUUUCACACAAAAGACGCUGUUUCGCUGACGUGCACUUUCCCUCUUUCUCUUCCGCGCUAACCCGCAGUGUUAUAUUACAUUUGUUCCGCCCCCUCACCACAGCCGUAAUUCACUUCCUUCUUAUUGGAAUGAUUAUCCUUGGUCCCGACUUUUGUCAUUUUCCUUGUUCUCAUGUCCAUUCCAUUUUACAUAAUAAACCCUGUUCUUCUAACCUGCGCUCUCUCUCUCACUACCUCUCAUCUAGAUUAUUUGGGCAAGGUCUGAUGUUGGUGCUGGGUCUGGUCAUAGUCUGAAGGCAGGAAGCCGAUAUCAACAGGUGUCUUUACAUAGGGGGAAUUUUGCUUAGUGAGGCUUACGUGACACAGAUAGAGACGAGUGUGCGAGUCGAUGGUUAGUACUGUCACAACGACUGACUACAGUAACAUCUCAAAUACAUAAGUGCUUCCAGUAGUUCAAUUCUGGCAAGAAUGACUCCAGUGGUUUACAAUCACCGCAGUCUGUUAUUAUUACUAUCAUCAUUGCAAUGUCGAUUUGCCGAUAUGUCUUAAAUUUGGAAGUCCUCUGUUGAUUGGAAGCGACGACUUCAGGUGAUGGAAUUGAAGAUCACGGUCUCCAUUAGUUUAGCCAUGUAUUCCACCGUGAUCAACAGGAAUAACCACAUACGGAGAAGGGAAAUUUUAUAGAAGUGUAUCCGAAGAUAUCCUGACGGGGAUGAUGGAUGUGGUACUUGUACAUGCACUCGAUACGACUGCGAUCAUGCCUGAUCUAGCUGACCUCGAUGAUGUCCCGAACUGUACUUCUCCAAGCGUGAUGAUCCGAGGUAGCAGGUCUGGACAGUUCAACCAGUUCUCUUCGCCAAAGACGGAGACCGAAUAAAUAAGGUCCAAGUACCACCUCCAUGCCUUGACGGAGUGUGUCGAGCUAGAUUUUUGAGCUGACCCCCUCUUUGACGCCUCCAAUGUGGCAACGGUGCCAGGCUUUACGCGAUAAGAGUGGCUGACUUUGACAAUAGGUGAGUAUUUUUUUCGUCCAAACCUGUUUGGUUAGUUGAAGAUAACGUUUUUAGACAGGCAUGAGCACAUCAACUGGAGAAAAAAGGGAACACUGCAAAAAGAAAUGAGGUGCCUAAAGCGAAUGCCAUUUGUCUUGUCUGAUGCAAAAGCAAUGAAUAAUUUUGGAACUGAAUUUAAUGCAUAGACAACUCGUUCUAAUUCUUGACUCAAUGAAAUAUUGGCAAUGACUUGGAUAUAGAUUAAGGAAUGGAUUACUUCUGAAAGUUUGUGAAGGAAGGAACACUUCCCUCAUUUCCAUGAAGAUUCUCAUGCAGAAAUUCAAUAGUGCCUCAAAUAGUCGUUAAAUUUCCUUCCGGAUGCAGUCCUUAAAGUUCCUUGUUCGGGAAGCGGUUGCACCGCAUAUGCUUCAGCAAUAUGUGGCAGGAAUAGUUCCCAAGCUUUUUUUAGCUAAGGCCGUCUAAUCCAAAUCACUGACAAUGGUAAUUUCGUCUACGUGGACUCAUAUUGCACAACAAAACAGCGGUCCCCCGUCGUGGAGCCUCCGUUUCAGUCUGAUUCAAUGGGCCUUAAUCACACUAGUGUGUUUUCAUGUGGUCGGAUCCUUAAAGUACUUGGUAUGGUAGAUUGUGAAGUUCUUAAUGCCGAUGAUUGUGGCAUCCACGUUGGCAUUUUGCCACAUUAGGCAACAGACCCUUUUACGGCAGUAUUCUACAGUAUUUGGCAGUUUUAAAAAAUGACUACUUAAGUAGCGUGCAUUUUUCACACUCAUUUUCGACAGUCCAGCAAAUUUAAAUACGCGUUAUAGAAACCAUAAAAUAUAGGCUUUCUUUCAGUUGUUUGACAAAAAAUAACAUCAUUCAUAUAUUUUAUAAAUGAAGAAGGAGUAUAAUUAGGUUUCUAAAAGGUUUUCUAAUUACCGAAUAAUUUGGAGCAUGGUCACUCGUUGCACUAGCGCUUGGUGAUUUCAGUCUGCAAGGUGCAUGCGUUCCGCGUGAAGAAAUUCACAUAUUCUUCCAUGCUUUUAAAAUGAUACCAUAUAGGGUCCAUAAGAUUUUGCAAUGGAUGCGGACUAUAUCGUACGUUUCAUGAGCAGUAGGGGUAAACGGACAGAUACGAUGCUAUGUCAAUGGACAUUGCGCGGUCUUGAAAAAUCUCACAAUUAGAGACUAUUUUAAAACCUAAUUAUACUUCUUCCUCAUUAAUAAAAUAUAUGGAUGACGUUAGUUUCUAUCAAACGACUGAAGGAAAGUCUAUUUUGCUUAUGGUUUCUGUAAGAUGUAUUUGAAUUUGCAAGAACAUCAAAAACCAAGGUGGAAACUGCAUGCUAGUUUAGUACUCAUGUGCUACAGAGUACGGUUUUGUGCAGGAGUUUAAAAAACAGUGUAUUCAAAAGCCGACAUCCUGCCGAGUCCGAAAUAUUAUAGGAUUAUGCCGCAAGAUAAUCAAUAUUAGAACCGCGCCUAAGUAAUCCUUCUUAAUCGAAAUCGCAUUUCAGAAGUUCAGCCAACAUUUCAUAAGAUCGGUCACGCCCUGUACGUGUUGUGCAACACUGCUUCUUCGCCCUCCGACGUUGAAAAUCAUGUGUCAGGCAAACAGAGAAACUAGAAUACCAUCUGAGCGGGAUUGCUGCAUUAAGAAGGAGGGGUUACAGCCUGUCUCUUCGUCUGGAUCGGAGGACCGACUUAUCCCAUCACUAGCCAUUUUUCCAAGCCACGAUAUUUAGCUUGAUUCAAAGGUUUCAAAGCCUUUAGACUUCUUUAAAGUCUGGAAUAUGCAGUGAGUGUUGUGCUGUCGGGAUCUGCACAUUGGAAGUCACUCUCCGUUCAUUCUUCCAGAAAUCAGACAACACUCCGGACCGAUCAGUCAUUUGAUGUGGAUAUGGGGCAGGGAUGCUGGACAGUGCUGAAACAGUCCGUCUUCGUGUGCUACACACGACCCAUACCAACACCAUAUCACUCCAGGUCUUCACACAAAUGAACUGGGCUACUGGGACUUCACAGACAUGGGAUUCGGCACUGAGGAAUUUCUGUUUGAACAUGCACGAGCCAUUAUAUGGAUGCCUGAAGCUCAGAGGGCUGUCACAUCAGCUCAGUCCAACAUGACUUCUCUGAAGGGUGCUCCUGUCUCACAAACCUGCUUACGUCGCUCGGACAUUGGUCAAAGAAGAUGGCCAAAGGACAUCCAGUGAAUGUCAUAUACUUUGAUUUCAACAAGGUGCUUGGAUGCUGUCAAAGUUUUUAGGCGUAGGAACAAGAAGAAAUUUCCUCAAUUGGAUUCCACGGUUCUCAAACGGUCGUAGAUAAAAGUAAAUCUUCGUGUCUUCUGUGGAGAAUGGGCGCCUCCUAAAAGUGGAGUGCCAUAUGGGUCAGUUCUUGGGCCGCUCCUCUUCUUCAUCUAACUAUAUCAUCUAGCACAAGAAGGAAAAUCGAACAUAGCGUCCCUUGCAGGUGAUCUUAAACUGCAGAUGUUGAUAAAAGAGGAAAAAUGCGCAAAGAUGCUAUGUGGAUGUGCCUCACCCAUAGUUUGAUAUUUAAACUAGGAACUAAGUUGUUCAGACAAUCUACAUCCAAAUUACGGAUAAUCCCAUUGGACUGCACUGUUUCCUAUUGUCCAAAUUUAUUCUCUGUUUGGAUGUCUCUUUUUCGCAUUUGGUUCCAAAUUCAAAUGUUCGGCAGUUCAUGGGAUGCUACGUUGAGACUCCAUUUAUCCUUCCUCCAGCAAAGUAAAUCCUAUCAACCCAACUGGCAUUGCCCGUCGAAUUUCACCUUUUACCACUCUAUACUCAUCAGUUCAUUGCCAUGCGGCCGGGCACAGGAUAAUUUGCGGCAAUAAUCUUCGCAAACUACACACAAAUGAUAUACCAUUUCCAUCGUUCACUAAUACAUCAGUCAACUGCGUUGUCUUUUGAAUAAAUAAGGAGGAUGUUAUGCUUCACAUCUUUGCAUUGAAACUUAAUGUAUCCGACAGCACAGGAGGAACGUAUUUUGGGGCGCUGAAUAUGUUUGCUGUUCUAGUAAUCGGAGAAACUGCUCACCGCAAUUGCUAUAAACUGGUUGCGAUGCCUAAUAAUUAUUACAUUGAGGGGGUCACUACAAUAAUGUCAAUUGGUCGGAAUCGCUGAGAAGAUGCUGGGUCGAUUGGAACCUAACUUCGGACGUUGUCUGCCCACGGCAUCGCAGCCCAACAUAAAAUUACACAGAACAAUGGGUCACACAUAACUAUGGAUAAAGUUCCAAUAUCAUAAUUAAAUUCUCGGCCUCCUAGGCUUUUUCAAGUCACUUUGCUUCGCCUGUGAGAAUAUCAGGCACUUCAAAUGUCGUGAAUCGAUUUUGUGCCAGACUACAUGUCGAUCGAUGUUGGGGCGUUUGAAUGUGGCCAAACAGCUUGCACGUCAGAAUUCACUGACUGGCGAUGGCAUACGCAACCUCGACUGCCUUGUUGAAAUGCUCAAAUCGGGGGACGCGGAAAGUGCGGCAGAUAUUCGCACGGAUGGCCAGAUUGGGCAAGAAGCGCUCUUCUGCGCUGUCCUCCAGAGGUAAGUGCUGCCUCCUUUGAUCGUUGUUGCACUACUAAAUGCACGUAAGUAUGGAAUUGGAUUUUGGUUAAGAUAAUGUCUUGUGUUGAAUUGUUCCCAGGAUCCUGUCUCUCGUAUCUAGCACUAUAGUAGAAUCGAGGCUAGAUAGAAAUGGUCCAGUAGUGUCUGCUUGCUUGUCUAACUUAAAAUCAUACUGCGUGUCCCAGACAAUGUCGACGCUGUCGUACUCCAGCAAUAUUUCUGCCUACUCGGAUAUCCACAUGAUCCCGGCAAUAUACACCAGGUUGCCUGUUGUGACUGCGUUGAUUCCACAGAGUCGUUAGGACGACAUGCAUUUAUGCCAAUAUGCAAAUAUUGACAGUCACUUUUCACGUUUGUUGUAGCCUUGGAUAUUACUUCCUACAUAUUCAGAUUUAGAUAGGCAAAUGUGAGGCGACUGGAAUUGCGUAAUGACACGUAGUCUACAUUACCAGUCAUCAGGCCCUUCCUUCCCCUCCUUCCUGCAGGCUGCCCACAGUCGGACACGUCGGGACCGCGGUUCGGUGGCUGGUUGUCGGUGCAAGAAGAGUCGCCUGAUCACUUAGUAAGUCCUCUGGACGCAUGAUGAUGAUGAUGAUGACAUUGACCAGUUAGGGCAUUUUGCAUUCCAUUGGUCGCUUAAUGCUCCCAAUAAACAUCUCUCUUGCAUCGCCCAGGGUGUCCCACGCCUACUGCUGGAGAUGGUUGAGACCCUGCGCAGACGUGGCCUAUGCAUGGAAGGCAUCUACCGAGUGCCAGGCCGAGCCUCAAAGAUUCAGGCAAUCAUGCAGUUGGCCAAUUCCGUAAGUCACCUACCUCAUUAAUCUUAUGCAUGCAGUGAAACAUCAUGAAUAUUAAGCUGACUUACCCUUACAUAGGUGUGUGUGCUAAUAUGCAGAUUCGCACUUCUUUGCAAUUUUAGAAUGUGAGCGAGUUGUGUGACCGGCUGGUGUGGGACGAGGACGCUUUUGAUGGUCGGGCAAUUUCGUCAGCCAUCAAGCUCUACUUGGCCACUAUGCCUGUCAGUCUUUUGAAUCCCCAUAUGUUUGCCUCAUUUGUGGCGUCGAGGGCGAUGGGGAGAGCAUCGAAGAGAGGUGGCCGUUCUCUGCGGACACCAGCGGGCCUGGCUAGCGCACUAUGCCAAUUGCGAACAGCCCUCGUGAAGACCUUUGGCUGUCCCGGCAAUUCGAUGUCUGAGGACCGCGAGAGGGGGUGGCGCCUCGCAACGCUGGACUAUGUCAUGCGCAAUUUCAGGGAGGUGGUGGCCCUUCAGGCCACUAACCGCAUGUCGCCUCGCGCGCUGGCAUUGUGCCUCGCGCCCUCCCUUUUCGGAUCCACGGAGAAUGCGGAGACCAACAGUCAGGUAUGCAUUACACAACAGCUGCUCCCUUUCAUGUCUUUCCAUGCAAUCGCCGCAUUCUUUAGUGGUCAUUACCUGCUGCUUAUGCUAUUUCAUGUCUGCCACCGUUAAUAGGUGCUGGAGCUGCUAAUUGAGCACUGGCCCUGGCUGUCAGAGUGUCUGCACCGGGGCAGCCAGCUGGUGUCCGCAGACCGUCUAGGCGAACCCGUAGCCGACGCCUGUCUCUAUGCUUGUCGGUAAGUCUCAUAAUGCCCACAUCCCUCCUUGCCAUUAUUUCGACUUCAUAUAUCCUGACAUUCACGCUUAGUAGUAGACUUGCUUAGUUUCUUACUGUGCACUCAUUUGCAUAUAAAUUCAUGCGAACAUUUUAGCCAUGCUAUAGUUCUUGAGGUUUUUGUCGCUGGCGACCUAGUUGUCACACUGAGGACUGCAGUACGGCCUCCAUGACAGCACAGCUAUUUUUCAUUCCAGUCCAAAGCAUAGGCUACACCAAUUAAACUAGAGUGCUGUUCAAUCUAAGGGGUACUCAACCAUGGCUCACUGAACACUCUCUUUCCCUUCUAGAUACCAGCGUCAUUGCUUCCUGCAGUCCCUGUGCCUACCACUGACCCUCCCACCGUCGCCGCCGCCGCCGCCGCCGCCGUCUUCAGUCGACGGAGUUCGUACUGCCGCGUGUACAUAG